GUUUUGAAACGCUCUGUUGGUUCAUAGAACAACAGCAGCAGCAGCAGCGGUUUCCUCCGUCAGUUGACGAUGGAGUCUCUGCUGGUCUGUCUGAUCCUCCUCUCCGUCAGCGGUUUCUGGUUGAAGCAGCCUGCCUCCGCCCUGCCAGCCUCCACUGUACAGGUGAGAGUCGGGGAGAACGCCACCCUGCAGUGCCCCCUGCUGGAUGCCUUCAACGCCUCCACCACCAAUGCCUCCAACACCACCGCCAUCAGUGCUGCGUACUCCACCCUCAGCUGGUACAGGAAGACAGCAGGACAGAGUCCAGAGCUGCUGUUGACCAUCAGGCCUGCAAACAUGUCUAAUGUGAAGUAUGGCGCCGGUGUUGGUCCUGAUAAAGUCUCAGCUGCAGCCAACGGCUCGCUGCUGCUGCACAACUCUGAGCAGAGCGACUCAGCAGUUUAUUACUGCGGCAUCACUCAGGGAGAAGACCCCAAGAUGAAACCCAACGCCACAGGAGCUCACUGAGGAUUGAUGGGAACUCUGCAGCUGGUUACUGGUCUGGUCUGUCCGAGGCUGAGGAAUGAAGCCAACAAAAACUACAGUACAGCUUCAGUUGUGACCAGACACAAGUUUCCAUAUUUCCCAUACCUACAAUUAGAAGGGCAUUUAAUGUUUUCAUUGUCUGUAUUUUCGGAACCUAUUUUUAAUAGGGCUGCCACUAACGAUUAUUUUCAUUGUUGACUAAUCUGUCGAUUAUUUCUUCGAUUAGUCGACUAAUCAUUUUAUCCAAAAAUGUGUUAAAAUGUUGCAAAAUGUCGGCCUGUCUCUCCCAAACCCCAAAAUGAUGUCAUCUUGUUUCGUACUCAC